CUACAUUUGUUAAAACCCUUUAAAGGAAAAAAAAAAAAAAAAAAAAAGCUCCCUCCUUUAAUGCAUACAUAGCAAUAAUCACCGAUCAAGCAAAGCUAUUGAUUCUCUUAUAAAUAGUCCUAUUAUGCCAAAAAUCAUCAGCCCAUGAUUUCAUUGUUGAGAACAAAGCUAUUACUGUCUUCAUCACCGCAUAAAGCACCAAUCUUUACAGUCAUGGAUUCUUAUGGAUCACAAAGACUUGUGGCUUUGGCCCAGCAGCUUCGCUUCUACAAGCCACCCUCUCUAUCACCAGAUGAAAUUGAAGAGCAAAACAUAGAGGAAAGUGCAGGUAAAGUUGUUCCCCAAGUGGGUUUUCAAGAAUCUGCAACCUCAAUUGUUAAAGACCCUGAAAGGUUGAGACCCAAUAGAGCUGCUGUUUUGGUCUGCAUCUUUGAAGGUGAUGCUGGUGAUUUUCGUGUCAUUUUGACUAAGAGAUCCUCCAAAUUGUCUACUCAUUCAGGUGAAGUUUCCUUACCUGGGGGAAAAGCAGAUGAGAGUGAUAAGGAUGAUUUUGAGACGGCAACAAGGGAAGCGAAGGAGGAAAUUGGGUUAGAUCCCUCACUUGUGAAUGUCGUUACUGUUCUUGAACCAUUUUUGUCUAAGCAUCUUCUGAGAGUGAUUCCUGUUAUAGGCAUUCUAACCAAUAAGAAGGCUUUCAAGCCCACCCCAAAUCCCGCUGAAGUGGAAGCAGUAUUUGAUGCUCCCUUGGAAAUGUUCAUUAAGGAUGAAAAUCGACGAGUAGAGGAGAGAGAGUGGAUGGGAGAAAAGUAUCUGAUUCAUUUCUUUGACUAUGAAACGGGGAAUAAAAAGUACUUGAUAUGGGGUUUAACUGCUGGGAUUUUGAUUAAAGCUGCUUCAGUGGUCUACCAACGGCCACCAGCUUUUGUGGAGCAGAAUCCAAGGUUCAAGUUUCCUAAAGGUGCAAGCAAUGAUACAGUGGUGCGCUGAAUAAUUCAGGAAAAAUAUUGUUGGAUUGUACUCAGAUUCUCGGAAUAAUCAUCCUUCCUCAAUAAAAACCCUCACAACCCACACGUGUUGAACCAGUUAAGUUAUUCAAAUGUAUGCACUAAAUAGCAUUGUCAGUAGAUAGGCAGAAUGCAAUAUUAUCCUUUAGGAAAUUGUAAAUUGAGGAGACUGAUUACUUAAGAGGCAAGGAGUUAACUGGAUCAAAUUUCAACAAA